GCUCAGAAGCCAGGAGGAGCCCCGGGCAGCCGCAGCCACCCUGCCCGCCCUCUGCAGGUCUGGGUUCUAGAAACUGUAGCCACCCUGGCUAGGCAGGGCGCUGAGCAGAAGCUGGCGUGCUGGGCUAGGCUGGAGGCGGAGGGAGGAAGUGCCCAGAAGGGCGAUGACAUCACGACUCAGCCCUUGAAAGAUGAGCUGUUCCCGCCGCCACUUCAGCUCCGCUCCGGAGGCUCCUGGGAGGACUGGGGACCUGGAGCAGCCUCGCUGGACCAGGGAGCCACGGAGGUGUCCUCGAUUAUGCUCCAGACAAGGGAGGCCCUCACUCACCUCCCCCUCUGAGUCCCAGUGUUCUCAGCCUGGAAGAGACCAAUGUUCCCAUCCAUUCAUGAGGACACCAAGCCCACCACUGCCUCCUUUGGCAGUCCAGCCAAUGACAUCAUCAUCAGAGCGGGGGUUAUAUAAUUUAAGGCCACCACGCUUCCACGGUGCUUCCCAGAACAGAAAACAUCUCCAAAGACAGCUCUCACCAUCAGAAAGCCCAGCUGAAGUUGUGAUACCUUUCAUUUUGCCUGAGUCACCGUGAAUGGCGUCCUGGGCCCUCCUGGAGCUCCAGACUCCCAACCAGAGCCAGCCCCUGCCCCCGAACGCCACGUCCUGUGACGAAGCUUGGGAAGCCUGGGCCCUGCUGCACCGAGUGUUGCCCACCUGCGUCCUCUCCAUCUGCCUCUGCGGGCUCUUGGGGAACCUCUUCGUGCUGUCCGUCUUCCUCGUGGCCCGACGGCGUCUGAACGCGGCCGAAAUCUACCUGGCCAACCUGGCGGCUUCUGACCUGGUGUUCGUCUUGGGCUUGCCCUUCUGGGCGGAGAACAUCCGGAAUGAAUUCAACUGGCCUUUCGGAGCGCUCCUCUGCCGCCUGGUCAACGGCGUCAUCAAGGCCAACCUCUUCAUCAGUGUCUUCCUGGUCGUGGCCAUCAGCCAGGACCGCUACUGUGCACUGGUGUAUCCCAUGGCCAGCCGGAGGCGGCGGCGGCGGCGGUGGGCCCAGGGCACCUGUCUGCUCAUCUGGGCCGUGGGGGCCCUCCUGAGUCUCCCCACGUUCCUGCUGCGCUCCAUCAAGGCUGUGCCAGAGUUGAAUGUCUCUGCCUGUGUGCUGCGGUACCCCCAUGACGCCUGGCCCUUUGCAAGGAUGGUGGAGUUAACCCUGCUGAGUUUUCUCCUCCCCUUGGCUGCGAUCGUUUUCUUCAACUAUCACAUCCUGGCAGCCCUGCGGGGGAGGCAGGAGAUCAGCAGGACGAGGUGUGGAGGGCCCAGGGAUGGUAGGACAACCGCCCUGAUCCUCACCCUCGUGUCUGCCUUCCUGCUCUGCUGGGCGCCCUACCACUUCUUUGCCUUCCUGGAAUUUCUGUUCCAGGUGAGGGCUGUCAGAGGCUGCUUCUGGGAGAAUUUUAUUGAUCUGGGCCUGCAGUGUGCCAACUUCUUUGCUUUCGUCAACAGCUGCCUGAAUCCAGUGAUUUAUGUCUUUUGGGGCCAGCUUUUCAGAACCAAAGUCUGGGAACUUUAUAAACAAUGCAUUCCUGGGAGUCUGACUCCGGUAGCCUCGUCUCAUAGGAAAGAGAUCCUCCAACUUUUCUGGCGGAAUUAACACAGCGGGGAGCCAGAAGUGUGGCUUCCUUAUCCAUUAUUACUGACAUCAUAAAUACGGAGAAGGGGGCAACAGAGGGUGAGAUGGUUGGAUGACAUCACCGAUUCAAUGGACAUGAGUUUGUGCCAACUCUGGGAGUUGGCGAGGGACGGGGAGGCCUGGUGCGCUGCAGUCCCUUCUGUCACGAAGAGUCGGACAUGACUUAGUGACUUAACAGCAACAGUAGACAGAAUGAUCCCCCCCAUCACCCCCCCGGAGCCUGGGAAAGUCUAUGUGGUAAUGGGGGCUUUGCAGGCAUGAUUAAGCUAAGGAUCUUGAGAUGAGGAGGUUACCCUGGGCUAUUUGGAUGAGUCUAGUAUCAUCACAAAGUUCUUUACAAAGGGCAGGCAGAAGUGUCCAAGUCAGAGAAGGUUGGAAGGAUGCAAUGAAGGGGCCACAAGCCAAGGACUGCAGGUGCCCUAUAGAGGAUGAAAUGGCAGGGAAAUGGGCUCUCCCUGGAGCCUCCAGCAGGAACCAGCUGUGCUGACCUCCUGACUGCAGUCCAGCGA